AUGGACGACAAACAGUAAUGUACUUAUUGAAAUUUUAUUCGAUUAUUUUGAUUUUACUCAAAAAAUCAGUGUCGUUCCUAUGGAACGAUUACUUCAUAACUGCCAUCUCUAUAUAACAGUAUCAUCGCCAUUUAAAGUUAUUUGGUAUAAUACAUGUCUCCUAACUAUUUUCCGAUUAAUUACGCGUCAUUUGGUACAUAACUGUUUGUUGUUUUUACUACGAUAUUAUCAUGGUUAAUAGAUCUUUCUGUUUUUAAAUUGUGA